UUGUUUGCAUUUGAUCAGGUCAUAUUUGUUGUCACAACUUCCUUGUUUGCAUUUCAAAAAGUACGACUAGUAGUAAAAGGUACUUGUUUGCUUGGAUUUCAAAUGACUUGAUGUUAUAUGACAUGAUUUGUGACUACCUGUGGAAGUAUAACCUAUUUUGUAUCAAGAAUUGCUCAUUUAUUCACAGCGAACGAACUGUUCGCGAAAAUGGAGAAAUGCCCAGGAUGUGGUAAAAGUUUUGUGCGGCUUGCGGCACACAAAUGCGAUGGUAAACAAUCCCAUAAGGACGACGAUAAGCCCAAGGACAAAUGCCCAGGAUGUGGUAAAAGUUUUGUGCGGCUUGGGGCACACAAAUGCGAUGGUAAACAAUCCCUUAAGGACGACGAUAAGCCCAAGGACAAAUGCCCAGGAUGUGGUAAAAGUUUUGUGCGGCUUGCGGCACACAAAUGCGAUGGUAAACAAUCCCAUAAGGACGACGAUAAGCCCAAGGACAAAUGUCCAGGAUGUGGUAAAAGUUUUGUGCGGCUUGCGGCACACAAAUGCGAUGGUAAACAAUCCCCUAAGGACGACGAUAAGCCCAAGGACAAAUGCCCAGGAUGUGGUAAAAGUUUUGUGCGGCUUGGGGCACACAAAUGCGAUGGUAAACAAUCCCUUAAGGACGACGAUAAGCCCAAGGACAAAUGCCCAGGAUGUGGUAAAAGUUUUGUGCGGCUUGGGGCACACAAAUGCGAUGGUAAACAAUCCCAUAAGGACGACGAUAAGCCCAAGGACAAAUGCCCAGGAUGUGGUAAAAGUUUUGUGCGGCUUGGGGCACACAAAUGCGAUGGUAAACAAUCAUCUAAGGACGACGAUAAGCCCAAGGACAAAUGCCCAGGAUGUGGUAAAAGUUUUAACCGUCUUGGGGCACACAAAUGCAAAGGUAGAGAAGACCUGUCUUUUGCCGAGCGCUGUGAAACGUGUAAAAAGAUUACACAGGGCAGUCACAAUUGUAAACCCCAGCCCACGCGUCUGCCAGAAAUGUCACAUGAUCCGAUCUAUAACCCAGAUCCCAAAGCUGCGUUAGACCAAAUCAUUCAGGAGGUUAAGUUGGACAAAGGGGAUAUCAAACACGGAGCGGAAUUUAUUAAAGACAUAUCGAAAAAUUUCGUGGAAGAUCUAAAUAAGAUUGACACACAUUUUCAGUGGAAAAUUCUGACAUCAGGAUCGUAUUAUGAAAAAGUUAAGGUGUGCAAGCCAAAUGAAUUCGAUCUGAUGAUGGUCGCCACGCCUCCCUGUGAAGCUCAUUAUGCACCCUCCAGCCCAGACUACUGUUCUCUUGAAAUUCCUGAGCCCAAGCGAUCGGCGAUGUCGGAAUUAUUAACCGAUGGAAAAUGGUUGAGCCCCAAAGCUUUGAAAGCACAUGUUUUGAAAUUGCUUCCCAAGGCAUUGGAACAAUUUCGCUUAUCGAGACAGAUUGAGUUAGAAGUGGUACAAAGUAGAAAAAGUCCAGCGCUUAAUCUCCGUUGCACAAGACAGGCUUACCCCAGAGAAGUGGCCAGUCCCGUAACCUACGACGUUGAUCUGGUGCCAAGUAUGGAACUUCCUAAAUUUCCUCCCUUCGCAGCACACAAGAAGAAAUACCAAGACGCAAAGACGCAUGUGGUUGCCAAGACUGCAGCACAAGAAAUGCAGCUUGGUCCUAAUAGGGAUAAACUAUGGCGCCUCUCAUUCUCAAAUAUUGAGAAGGAAAUAAUUUUGCACGCUAACAGCGGCCAGAAGUCGUGCCGUAAGCUGGUUUUCAGAGUCUUAAAGUACAUACUGGAGAAAGCCAAGGAAAAAUACAACAUACGAGGCUUAUCGUCCUAUCAUAUUAAAACGUUCAUGUUAUAUCAAUAUGACGGGUUCCCCGCAGAUGAGAGCUGGUGUCAUACGAUGUUACGAACACGCCUCCACCACUGUAUUCCACAACUUCAGAGGGUUCUUAAAGAGAAAAAACUGGUUCACUACUUCUUAACUUCCGUCAACCUGACGAAGGACCUGGACAAUAGAGAUAUUGACAGUUUUGUUGGUGUACUGGACGAAUACAUUAGAAAUAUUUAGCAUUUUUGCUCACUUGAAAGUACUACGUAAAACGAUAUUUUUUUAAAUUGUAUGUGACUAUGUAGGCUAUUUGUUCGACAGAAGGCCCCUAUAUAUUUAUACGUAUCUCUAUAUCUGCUUGUUAAAUUUACGCCAUAUAAAACAUGUUGCAGACAUCGUAAGGUCUAUACUACACCCUCAUAGAUUUAUAUGAACUCCGAUAUAGGCCUAUUAAGUCGUACCCAAUUCAGGGAAAACUAGAUUAAUUUUUUUUAGGAUGGAGAGGAUGCGUUACAGAUGAGAGCUGUCACUAUAGU